AAUUAAACAGUAAAUGCUCUAAAGAAACAAUUCAGGAAUCAAUAGAUGGAGAUGCAACCAAAGAAGCAUUUAGAGAAGGAACACCAGGUAAUGAAGGAGAAGAUAAGAAAGAGGAGGAUGAAGAUGAAAAUAUUAAUGGUGAAGGACAAAUGAUAGUCGAAAGUGAAGAAAACGAAGAUGAAUCUAAAUUGAACAAGGUGGAUCCUGAAAUGGAAAACAUACCUCUUCGAGAAAUAUUACUGAAAUUAAAGCCAGAAGGUUUAACAGAUGAUGAUGAAGAGGAGGAUCAGAAUAGUGAAUACAGCACUACAGAAGGCAGCAUGGGAGAUGAAUCAGAGGUAGAAGAAGAGGCACUUAUAUCAUCUGGAUCAUCAGAGAAGCAGGAUGAUAAUCUUGCUAAGACUGGUGAUUCCAACAGCACCGGGGGCAUUAGUGGGAAUGCAAAUGCAGGAAGCAAAAAGGCAGUUUGCUCAAAGGUCAACACAAGUGAACCUGUACAAGAUGUUGAGAUUAUCAAUGCAACUGCACUUAUGAAGUUACUUCAGGGGGACCCAAACAUAACUAGCAGGACACUGGCUGGAACAUGCUAUUUAGUGUAUUUCUUCAGUCCAUACUGCCUAUUUUCUGUAAAGGGAUCACCAUAUGUAAAUGCCAUGGCACGUUCUAUUCCAAAUAUACCUGUCUAUGGUUUAGAUAGCAUUGAGCACCAUAGUGUAAAUGCCCGUUAUGGUGUCAUGGGAACCCCGACACUCCUGCUGUUUCACAAUGGAAAUGGGGUUGGACGAUUCAAUGCUUCAGAUUACUCAGUCCUGCAGUUGGUCUCUUUUAUUAAUCACUACACUGACCAGGAAAUUACUGACAUAAACGUCACAUCCUUGGACUUUCAGGCCAACCUCCCAUCCAAAUUAGCAGAAGGCUGCCCAUAUGCCCUGUGGGCUGCAUGGGUCUUCCUCCUGAGCUGUGCAUCUUGGCUAUUCCUCACAUCAGAGCUGUGUGCAAGACUGACAGAGGCAAUCCUGAACAAUUGGCGGGAAGCGGAAGCACAGCACGACCACCAUGAUUAAGAUGGAAAUGGAGAUACAGUCUCGGGAUAUUUUGUGGCUCAUAGUCAUUUUACUUUUUUAUUAUAUUUCUUGAUUUGUUAUUGUUUCUUAUUAGUAUUAUUUAUUAUCAUUGUGAUGAUGAUGAAAAAUACAUUUCCAUCUUUUUGUUAUUACUUUUUUAUCAAUAUGUAUUGUCACUUCAUUAAUCUAUCCUUAUACCAUUAUCAAGAUAUCUUGUUUGUUAUGUAUAUAAAUAUUAAUUCAGGCA